GUACUACUCUGUUUUAUACCCUCUGGAAAGAAAAAUAUCCGAUGCAAAAUCCCGAGACCUGGUUAUCUAUAUCUGGGCCCAUGCAAUAGUGGCCAGCAUUCCAGUAUUUGCUGUGACCAAUGUGUCUGAUAUUUAUGCCAUGUCCACCUGUUCUGAAUCUUGGAGUUACUCCCUUGGCCACCUGAUAUACGUCGUCAUCUAUAACAUCACCACUGUGAUUGUACCAGUGGCUGUGGGAUUUCUCUUUAUGAUUCUUAUUCGCAGGGCACUGAGUGCCAGCCAGAAGAAAAAAGUCAUCAUAGCUGCCUUAAGGACCCCUCAGAAUACAAUUUCUAUCCCUUAUGCGUCCCAGCGAGAAGCUGAGCUUCAUGCCAUGCUGCUUUCCAUGGUUAUGAUAUUUAUUUUCUGCAGUGUCCCCUAUGUGACUUUGGUGAUUUACCGCACCAUACUCAAUAUUUCAGAUAUUUCAGUCUUCUUGCUCCUCACUGCCAUUUGGUUGCCCAAGGUCUCUUUGCUGGCCAAUCCUUUGUUAUUUUUAACUGUUAACAAAUCAGUACGGAAGUGCUUAGUGGGGACAAUAAUACAGCUGCACCAAAAGUAUAGCAGGAGAAACAUUGUCAGCUCGAGUGAUGUGGCAGACCCUAAUCUGGAGCACAGUGUCCGUUCGGGGAGCCAGCUUCUGGAGAUGUUUCAUAUCGGGCAACAACAAAUCUUCAAGCCAAUGGACGAUGAGGAGAAUGAGACCAAAUCCAUUUGCUCUAGUGACUUUCAACAGAAAGAAAUUCCUACCACCAGUUUAGAGGUAGGAGAGACUUCGGUUCACAAAUUUAUACCACAGACGACUGCAGACUCUGCAGCUCAGGUGGUACCAGCUGUGCCCACAGAAGCUAAUAUGGUAAAUGACAAAUACUCCAUGCAGUUUGGUUUUGGACCCUUUGAGCUGCCUCCACAGUGGCUCUCGGAAAACCGAAACAGUAAGAAACGACUCCUGCCUCCUUUGGGGAAUACCCCUGAAGAGCUAAUCCAGACGAAACAGCCUAAGUGUAAAGCAGAAAGAAAAAUCAGCAGAAACAAUAAAGUCAGUAUCUUUCCCAAGGUGGAUUCUUAG